AUGUCAAGUGACACAUCAACAAGGUCGGUAAAGAAGAAGAAGAUGAGCACAAAGGCAUUGGUGAAGCGUCUAAUAGGCGUUGUGGCUGACUUAACUUCUAAAGUAGACCGUGUAUUACAGAAAAAAGAUGAGCAAGAUACAUGGUUUGGAGAGGAGGAGGACAUGGUAAAUGAAGAGGAGGAAGAAACAUAUUAUCAUGGUACACAGUUGGAGUAUGAUGAUACAUCUACUCCUGGUUUGAAAAGGGAUGUUGGGCGUACACCUAUGCAUGUUGAGCCGUCACCGGACGUGGGUGAACAUCAUAAAAAAACAGUGACUCCUAUUAUGCAAUCCACACCAAAAUUGAAGAAAAUCACCAAACCAAGGAAAAAAGGAGUGAAGAGUCCUGAAAAAGCAAAGGAAGACAUUGUGAAUGAACAGAGUAAUUAUGUUUCAAAUCAUCUCCUGUUAGACAGUCUUUAUGCUGCAAGUUCUAUUCCCCAUAAACGUUGUUGGUGUCGAUUGGUUUUUGGCAAUGCUACAUUUAAAUACCUGGAAAAGCUAGAUGUGAUUGAGUACUGGAACGAUUUCCCCGAUAGACACAAAGUCAACGCAACUGUGGAGUUUGUUGAUAUUGUACACGUGCCACAGUAG